UAGAGUUUGUCAGCAGUGUUGUGGUUUGACAGCAGUCGUUUUCGUCACAAGCCUCCCGUUUGUCCCGAACACCAAUGUAGCCUGUCAAAGAUGCUCAUUACUCUGUGUUACGUGUACCUUUGGGUGCGCUUUCACAAGUGCUACUCGGCGCUUAUUCGCCACCGACUGUCACGGCUGAAGGGCAGCAGACGUAGCCUCAGCUUCGGUCUCAGUCCCGGACCGUCCUCGGUACCAGCUCUGGUACCAGGAGCACCGUCAUCCUCCUCCUCUCCACUAGAGGACAGAGUCUUCCUCCAGCUGGGGGACAAGUCCGUGUAUGUCACCGAGCCACAGGUAUGUGAUGACCUGAAUAAAUGGACUCUGAUGUUAGGGUCCUCCAUGGUUGGUGGUCCCCAAAUGGAUCUCAUUUCCUUCAUCAUUGAAGCAACAGGACAAGCGGUGGGCUACCCUAAACCUCCCACAACUAAGAAGAAGGUGCUGAAUUGGUCCGACUGCUGUCUUCCUCUGGCCUGUAGUCCAGGACGGCCCUUCAGAGCCGUGGCCCAGGCCAGUGUGGAGAACUUCAGCCGCCUUGGAGUGGCUUUUAUAGAGAACCGUUUACAGCUGGAUAAAGGACUGAUGCCCUCGAAGAUAGUCCCUGUCCUCCUGCAGCAGUCCACUCUGAGCAGACUCCUGGAGAAGCUCCCUCUUCAGGUUCCGAAGAUCACAGCAACAUUUCCACAACUGACUGAAAAGGCAGUGUCCUGUCACACGCUGUCAGACCACCAGCUCCUUCAGCUCCCCACCGGCAGCCCCCUCUUCUCAGCGAAACACAGAAAGCAACUGGAGGAGCGACGGAGGUCCGAUCCGGUCCAAAAGAGUCAGGAUCAGGCACAUGUCAGUGACUCAGAGGACCACUCGGUGGGAAGCCACCACCACACGGAUGCUGAUGGUCGACAUCUGCAUCUCUCCAGCUGCCACGAGUGUCUGGAGCUGGAGAACAGCACCAUCCUGUCAGUCAAGUAUGCCUCUGCUGAGAACAUUCCCGACCUCCCAAAUGACGGAUCAGAGCGGCUGGACAGUGAAGAUGAGGCUCUGGAUGAUCUUGUGGAUGACGCAGAAGUCACAAACUGUACUCAGAAUAACAAAGUGCCCAAUGUUCUGGUCUACACUGGAGGAUGUCAGGAGCGUUUUGAGAGAGUCCAGCAAGUUCUUCGAGAGUGUAUAAACAUGGAGAACUAUAUCAUCUAUCCUCUCCUGCCCAAGCAAGUUCUGACUGACCCCUGGCUGGACAGCACUCGGCUGCUGGUGCUGGCCGAGGAAGAACCUCUGACCCCAAAUUUUCAGACUCGGAUCCUCACAUAUUUGAGCCAAGGUGGACGCGUUCUGGGGCUGGCGUCCUCCCUGUGUCCUGCAGGUCUGUCUUUGGAGCCGAGGGAGCGGCAGCGUGGCCAAGUGUGCAGACUGUCCUUCACCAGGGAGGACAACAGCCAGCUGGACAUGAACGUGCUGGCCAGUGGAAGGGUCUACAUCCGAGCCGCUCGGGAGGGAGGGGAGGUGGAGCUGUGGGGAGAGCUGAGAGGAGCCAGCGCUCAUCAGAGAGACAUGGUCAUAGUCCGGGUUACACAUGGACCGGACGGAGGGGAGGCUGUGGUUUGUCAGGUCCAUCUAGAAACCAACCCGGAUGCUCUGACUUUAACAAAGGAAAGCUUCAAUCAGCUGAAGGUUUCUAACCAUCUACGAUAUGAAAUCCUGAGAGAGAUCCUCACCUCGCUGGGCCUCAGCUGUCACCAGAACCAGCCCCCUGAACCAAGCCCACUUCACGUGCUGGCCACCUCAACAAAGCUCAAGUCCAACUUCCUGACGUGGCUGAAGACACAUGCAGAUCUGAGUGGUCUGCUGAAAUUGCCAAAGGCUUCCCUCAGACUUACAACCCACUGUAAGCUUGAGAAAGACCCCUCGCUAUCCGAUGGCUCUCUGCCACUCUUCACUGACUCUUCGGAGUCUCAGGUGUCGGAGAACUUCAGUCUGGAGAUCUACAGGAGGAACUUGAAGACCCGACAACUGGGGCAGACGGUGCUGUAUGCAGACGUAGUUUCAUCCACCAUGGAGCUAUUUGAAGGCCUCUAUCAUCAGUUGCCGAAGGACAUCAGCUUAAUAGUGGUCGCAGCGCAGCAGAUCUCAGGACGAGGUCGGGGCAGAAACGCAUGGCUCAGCCCUCUUGGGUGCGCCAUGUUCACCCUGUGUCUCCAGGUCGAUUUGAAGUCCAAGUUGGGGCAGCGGAUCCCCUUCCUGCAGCACCUGGUCGCUCUGUCGGUCAUCGAGGCCGUGCGCACUCUCCCCGGCUACGAGGACGUUGACUUGAGGUUGAAGUGGCCCAACGACAUCUACUACAGUAACCUGGUCAAGCUGGGAGGGGUCCUGGUCACCUCCACGGUCAUGGGCUCCACCUUCCACAUGCUCAUCGGUUGCGGCUUCAAUGUGAGCAACAGCAACCCGACAGCGUGCAUCAACGACCUGAUCGAGCAGCACAACGCUGAGAACAAGUGCAACCUGCAGCCACUCAACUGCAGCCAGCUCAUCGCUCGCACUGUCACCUGCCUGGAGGCACUGAUCAGCACCUUCCAGAGGGACGGGCCAGACGGUGUCCUGCCCACCUACUACAAAAGAUGGCUGCACAGUGGAACCCAGGUGCGACUCUGGAGUGAGGACGGACAAGAAGCCAACGUGGUGGGUCUGGAUCACAAUGGCUACCUUCAAGUCCACAACGAAAAGGACGGCCUGGUCUCAGUGGAGCCUGACGGUAACUCCUUCGACAUGCUGAAGAACCUGGUGACGGUCAAACGGUCGUGAGGCCCAUCCAAGGACGUUCUUUGAGGACGUGAAGAUGAUGUGACUGUGCGGACCGCUCCGCUCUGUGUGUCCAGUCAUGAAAUGAUCUGUUGUUUACGACCAAAAACUCUUUAUUUAAUAUAGAACUUGUAUCAAACCUGCAGCAUUUCUCCUGAACCUUGUACCAGAACAGACAUGAGCCACCAGUGCUGUCAUGACAUCAAAGUGUAUAUUUUGACAUUCCCAGAGCGUCAUCUCUCUGGUAACAUCUCAUGUGUUCCAGAAGCCCUUUGCUUGCUCAGCAGCUUGCACUUACAAAUCUACUUCAACAUGAAACUUCUAUAUUAGUGUCACAAGAUGAAGAAAUGUAAUUUACUUUUCGACAUUGCUUCUGUUACUGUUUCUUGAUCUUUAUUUUUACAUGAAGCACAAUGCAUGUGGAUAUUAUGAAUAAAUAAUAUUUGAAUGAUGAGUUUAUUACAUAACAUUUUUAACAAUAAAUUAAAUUUCAAACUUAUUUUUGCCAUUCAUACAUGUUAAUAGAUAGCUCCACUCUGGAUGAAGAACAUCCCGGACCCUCCAGAGAUUAUGAACAUAUGUCAAAUGUAAUU